AUGCCAUCAUCUACCAUCGCACCCAAGUCUAAACCUCUCCCACAGGGUAUUUACCCACCCGUCAUUUCGCUGUACAAGGCCACGCCUCGCCAAGAAAUUGAUCUAGAUGCGUCUUGCAAGUUUUUUUCACAUUUGAUCCGAGGAGGGGUUCACGGUCUUGUGUUAGCUGGAACUAAUGCAGAGGCCGCUCUGCUCUCUCCCGAGGAACGCAAAGAACUAGUGAAGGUCGCGAAGAAGGCUGCCGCAGAUCUUGGUCGCCCUGAUUUAGCUGUGAUUGCUGGAAUUAGUGGUCAAUCAACAAACGAGUCAAUUCGCCUGGCUGAAGAUGCAUUGAGUGCGGGCGCUGAUUACGGGUUGUUACUCCCGCCAAAUUAUUGGGCCAAAGCUGUCACCAAAGACGUAAUUCUCAGUUUUUAUCGCGAUGUUGCGGAUGCGACCGCACUUCCGAUCGUUAUUUAUAGUUUCCCUGCGGUAUGCAAUGGCAUUGACAUGAACUCAGACACCCUAUCCGAGCUUGCAGAACAUCCGAACAUCGUUGGUGUCAAGUUAACCUGUGGAAAUGCCGGAAAAGUGACAAGGCUCACUGCGGAAUAUACUCAUGCCCAGUUUGGGGUUUAUGCGGGCUCUUCGGACUGGUUACUUCCUUGUUUAGCUGGCGGAGGAAGUGGAUGUGUGACUGGCAUCGCCAAUAUCUUCCCAAAGUCUGUCGUUCAGCUAUAUGAAUUGUGGAGCUCAGGGAGAUUUGAAGAAGCGAAACAGUUGCAGGGAUUUAUAGCCCAGGCUGAGAAGGCAUGUAAGGAAGGCAUUGCGCCUACGAAGUAUGGAGCCUUUCAUUAUGCUGGUCCGACUGCUGGAUUGAAUGAUCCAAAAACCUUCUGGCCUCGCAAGCCAUACACACCUUGUGGAUCAGACAAAGCUGCUUGGGUAGAGAAAGUGAUGGAGCAUUUGGUGAAAAUUGAGGGAGCCUUGCCUGAUGCUGUAUAG